GGAGAAGGGGAAGCUGGAGCGGGGCCGGAGAGCCUGCCCAGGGCAGGGGUGGGCUGACAGUAGCCCCCUGUCCGCGUCCCUGCCCCCCCCUCCACAGCAGGGGGACACUUUUGGUAUGUGAGCCUAGUCUCCCAGAACAGCCUUCUACAACUUCUGGUAAGCACAACGCUCCAAGUUCCAGGACACCCCCAGAGAUACCAUGACAUCAUCAGAUGUCUCCCAUGUUGAGACAGAGUCUCUGCAUGUUAAAGACCAGGAGACACAAGCCGAUUUGGAGCGUCUCAGCAACCUGGAGGGGUCGGAGUAUUCAGACCAAGCUGGUAUAGCAUUAAAGGAGAUGCAGACAGGGUUUGAAUUUACUGUGCAGAUAGCUGAGUAUAAAGAUAACAAGAAGCAGCAGCAGCAUGAGAAGAUGGAUGCUUCCAGAGGUACCCCAACAUCAUCAUACUUCCCAGAUGAUAUGACAGAGGGCUUGGAUGGUAAGAGGCAAGCAGUCCAUUUGGAGAACAGGGCAAAGAGAGAAGCUGAUGCUUUGCAGCCAGAAGGAUUCAACAGCAUGGGUGAGAUCAGCAAUUUGGAGGAGUUGGAACAGCCAUGCAGCAGGCGCAUCACAGCCACUGAUCUCGAGCUGGAGAAGAUGAGGUGGGAUUCUGCACUGACCAGGCUGAAACACAAACAGGAAGACAAUGAAAAGCAACGGCAGCAUGAGAAGACUAUGGAGCAGCUACGUCAACAGGCAACACCCAGAUCAUUUGGCCAAGGACUCUAUGACCUACUCCGGCCCCAGAACCAGUAUACCUUGUUUCUAUACUGCUUCAUCUUUAUACACCUCAUUUACACAGUGAGGGAGCUGGCUUUCUAUUUUGUUAUAAAACACUACCUGUUUUGCUUUGCCGUUGUGCUCUAUUUCAUUUUCAAGAAGAUUUUCCAGGAUUACAAAAAUAAGAAAAAAUGUUGCUAAAGCAACAGCACAUUUGCUACAGCUGAAACAGAUGCUGAUCUGUCCUGACUUUUCCCCCACUUUUCCUGCUCCCCAUCUCCAUUAUCCCACCCGCGCUUCACCUAGCAUUUCUACUAUCAUUAUAUACACAAUGCUCUAACUUGUGCAAGUUUAACUUAUUCCUUUUGAAUAUUGUAGCUGAAUAUCGUUGUUCAAUUACAUGUUCUUCCAUUAACAUAUUCAGCAUAAUUCUGUCACAUUCACCUAUACU